AUGGAAAGUGGUUACACUUCAAAUAGAGGCCCUGAUCGUUUCCAAGAUUUUGACCCAUAUCCAUCUAGCAGGGAUGACACACUAGGACGUGGAAGGACACUCAGCAGGCCUGAACGUCACCUACCUGUUGCUCCACUGCUAUCUGGUAAAAAGGAAAAAGAUGACUCUUGGGACAGUUGGGUAAUAUUUUCUAGAGUAGUAACUUUUUGGGCACCGGGUGUAUUAUUAAGUUCGCUUGGUGGUCUUAAUGAUGCUCAAUCACAACAAGCAUGGCGUGAAAAAGUUGCUUUAUGCUUUAUAGCCGUUAUAAUGGGUGGAAUUGUGGCAUUUUUAACCGUUGGUUUUGCGUCUGUAUUAUGCCCACCAUCACAAGAGAAUAACCCAAAUCAAUUUUUGCGAUUCAACGAGUCUCCUGAGGGUUGGCAAUUUAAUGUCGUUAAUGCUAAAUCGACCCCAACUCUUAAUUUUUCAAAACUUAUGAUCGAACAAAAUGGUCAAGAUAUCACAAAUUUAUUUAAACGUAAUGAUCCUUCUCAGUGCAGUUCAAAACAAGUUAAACAAUAUACUAUUGUAAGAGAUUCAGUCUGUAGUCCAGAUAAUUGUGCUAACAGAACAUUUGAUAUUAGUGAUGCCACGUUUAAACAACUUAAUAUUUUUAACACAUCGAGAAAAGUUGGUUUUGAUUGGGAUCAACUUAAUGACCCUUUCUUGAAAAAUUAUUUGGUUGUAGAUGGGUUUCUUUUGAAUCUCAACCCAUACAUAUUGGCUAAUCCACCAAAUAAAUCCGACAUAUUAGAUACCGUUAUUCGUACAGUUUUAGCAGGCACUCAUGGCAAAGAUGCGACCCGUCUUCUCUUCGGCAGGGAUGAUAUGAGGGCCGCAGUCAAUUGCUUAAUUGCUAAAUACUAUGCUGGAAACAUUGAUAAGAAAACUAUUGGAUGCUUUACUUCUCAAUUAUUUCUAUACUUUUCGCUGACUGUAAUUUUAGGAAUAGUUCUGACUAGAUUUAUUAUGGCUUGUGUGUUCAAUUGGUUUAUAUCUCAUCGUCUCGCUCUCCCGCCAAAGAAUACUAAUAGGGUUGCACCUAUGCCAAUUAGUCAAUAUGGAAAUCAGGGUUCCAUUGGUCAUGCUAACGGUCAUGUUAAAACUUUGAACGAUGUCGGAAAUGACUUAUUUACUGUUUUGUUAGUUACAUGUUAUUCAGAAGGGGAAUUAGGUAUACGUGGAACUUGUGAAUCAAUGGCAUCUACUGAAUAUCCUGAUGAACGUAAAUUAUUGUUUCUUAUCUGUGAUGGUAUCAUUACUGGAAGUGGUGAAGAGAAAAGUACUCCUGAUAUUUGUGUUGGGCUCAUGGAGCUUGACCCAGCUUUCAAAGAUCCUCAACCUCAAAGUUAUAUUGCUGUUGCUGCGGGAUCUAAGCAACACAAUAUGGCCAAGGUUUAUGCUGGAUAUUUUGUUUGGAAUGGUCGACGCGUUCCUAUGAUUACUGUUGUAAAAUGUGGUACUCCUGCAGAAGCUGGCAAAGCUAAACCUGGUAAUCGUGGAAAACGUGAUUCGCAACUGAUAUUGAUGAGCUUUUUUAGUCACGUCACCUACAAUGAUCGCAUGUGUCCAUUGGAUUAUGAUUUAUUCAGGAAAGUUCAUCAUUUAAUGGGUGUUACUCCAGACUUUUUUGAAAUUGUGUUAAUGGUUGAUGCUGACACAAAGGUUUAUCCAGACUCACUAAGAUUGCUUAUCAAUUGCAUGUGUAAUGAUAAUCUCAUAAUGGGUCUUUGUGGUGAAACAAAAAUUGCGAAUAAGCGUACCUCAUUUACUAGUGCUAUUCAAGUUUUUGAAUAUUAUAUAUCACAUCAUUUGGGUAAGGGAUUUGAAUCAGUAUUUGGUGGUGUUACCUGUCUUCCUGGAUGUUUUUGUAUGUACCGUCUUAAGGCUCGUAAAGGUGACAGUGAUUGGGUACCAAUCAUUACUAAGCCGGAAAUUGUUCAAGAAUAUUCUCAGAAUAUUGUUGACACUCUUCACCAAAAGAAUUUGUUACUUCUUGGAGAAGAUCGAUUCUUAACUACCCUCAUGUUGCGUAAUUUUCCUCACCGUAAAAUGAUGUUCUGUCCACAAGCAGUCUGCAAAACUAUUGUUCCAGAUGAAUUUAAAGUCCUACUUUCUCAACGUCGUCGUUGGAUUAAUUCAACAAUUCAUAAUCUAAUGGAACUCGUUCUUGUCCGAAAUCUUUGUGGAACUUUCUGUUUCUCGAUGCAAUUUGUUAUAUUUAUGGAACUUAUCGGAACUGUGGUUCUUCCAGUUGCUAUCUUGUUGACAUAUUCAUUGAUAGUAAACUCUAUUUUAAAUCCACCGAAGGAAUUUGCUGAUCUUAUUCCUUUAUUAAUGUUGGUAAUGGUCCUUGGAUUACCAGCCGUAAUGAUUUUACUUACCACUAGAAAGUUGGUUUAUAUCGCGUGGAUGGUCGUUUAUCUUUUGGCUUUACCCAUAUGGAAUUUUAUAUUACCAACUUAUGCAUACUGGCACUUUGAUGAUUUUUCUUGGGGUGAAACGCGAAAAGUCGAUGGAGAAACCAAAGGCGACGAUCACGGUAAAAAGGAAGGUCAAUUUGACUCUUCUAAAGUUCCUUUGAAACGUUGGGAAGACUGGGAGCGCACACGACUGCGACGAGAGCGUCGUAGCAAAGAACGUCAGCAAUCAACCAAAUAUAACAAUAAAGCUUUGACAGCUGAUGAUAAUACAAGAUUGUUAAGAAGUGGGCAUGAUGAUGUAUAUUAUUCUGAAACAGCGUCUAAUCAUUCCGCAUCAUCCACUCAAGAGGUCGAACAACCAACACAAUUUUACAAUUACAAUUUAACACAACAAUCAAAUCCUGCACAAUAUGGUUAUUAUCAACAAGAACAAUAUAAUUAUAAUAUACGAAAUGAUAGAGGACCGCAUAGUGAUCAAUAUAACCCUGCUUAUCGACAAAAUCAAGGACAAUAUUGA